CGCUAACCUCCCCAGCUGUCUGUCUCCUUCCCUUGAUAACGACUGGAAUCGAUUUAUACUAUUUAAUCCUGAAUUCGCACCUCCUGACUGUGCAAAAUGGCCGAGGAAGCGAUCACCCUUACCUACCAGGGUCGCAUUGCGAUCAUCACCCUCAAUCAACCUAAGAAACUCAACGCCCUAAACCAAGACCUGUACUACCUCCUCGGCGAGCGUCUCCGGGAAGUGGACAAGCGCGAUGAGAUUACCAUCACGGUGUUAACCGGCAAGGGUCGCUUUUUUUCCGCUGGUGCAGACGUCACCAGCACCCGCCCCGGCGGCGGCGGCCUCAGCCAGACCUCCCGCCGCGAACUCGUCCGAACCUUCGUCGCCAACAACAUCGACAUCACACACACAUUUUCACAUCACUCCAAGAUCCUCGUAGCGGCUCUGAACGGCCCCGCGGUCGGACUCUCCGCGGCUCUAAUCGCCAUGGCUGACUUCGUCUAUGCCGCCCCGCACACUUUCCUCCUGACUCCCUUCUCCUCUCUCGGCCUUGUCGCGGAGGGCGGCGCCUCCGUUGCCUUCGUUGAGCGCUUGGGAAUCGCAAAGGCCAACGAGGCCCUGCUCCACAGCAAACGGAUUACCUGUGACGAGCUUGUCGCGGCAGGCUUCGUGAAUAAGGUUAUUGCGGCUCCCUCGGGGAAGCCCGAUGACUCUGCAGGGUUCUUGGAGAAGGUUCUUGAGGAAGUGGAGGAUCGGAUGGGGCCGCAUUUGAACCAGUCAAGUUUAUUGAGGAUUAAGGAGCUGGUUAGGAAGCCUGGCAGGGAGAUCAUGGAUCGACAGAACACCAUUGAGGCAUUUGCGGGAUUGGAGAGGUUUUUGCUGGGAGUGCCGCAGGAGGAGUUUAGGAAGUUGGCCAGUGGAGAGAAGAAGCAUAAGCUAUAAAUAAGGUGAGAGGAAGGUGAUUAUUACUCCAUGAGGAAGCUGGAUACAUGACUAGGACUUGUUAUAUAUAUAUACACAUACAGAGUAGGUAUAGAUAUAGGUAUAGGUAUAAAUGAUCCAGGGUUUUAGAACCUUGAAUGCUAGACCUCCAAU